AUGAAUUCUACAGGUCACGUAGCAAACGCAGGCUCCAUCGGUGUUCAUCGAUCGUCAUUACCCGCGGCGCUACCCUCAUUCAAGCAUACCAUAAGGUUUAGUCAGGACACAGGAGCGUACGCCAUUUCCGCACCUCAUAUAUAUGACGGUGCAUUCGAGAGAACUAGACCGAGCCCUGAUCAUCCUGAUUCCAUUUUCUAUGAUCAACUGAGCAACUUCAGAGAAUGGAAGAUCACACAUAUCACGAACUCCAUCAUCUCAUUACCGGAUGGCAGAUUGUGGGAACGGAGACCGUCCGAUCGUUUGGUAAAUCUUAUCAAGACUCCAGUUUCCCAAGCUACAGCAUGGACUUUUGAAGAUCCGGAAAGGCCGGGUCACCGCAUUCCCCCACUUGAUGAGCCCAAAUAUAGCAAGUCAAAGGCAGACAUAAAUGCAGAUGCACAGCGGCGAGCUCAGGACUAUCUCAGAUCGGGCGGAAUAGAUCAUAGUGCCGAACCUGUCGCUUCUAUGAGACGGAUGUUCUUCAAGAACAGGGGGACAGGGGAUAGGAUCACGUUCGAGAAAGGAGAGCAUAAUGGAAUAGCCGUCUCGAGUUCCGAACCAACUGCAGCGGACUACGAUACCCAGGAGUGGGAAGUUGAGCUCGUGGGUGAUAAUUAUCGAAUUCGGAAUCCUAAGUCAGAGAGAUAUAUCCUGUCCUGGAUUUCACCUCCUACAACCGAUCUGCCCGUCCAAGCCCUUAGAUCAUUCCACGGAGACGAAGCGCUUGGAAAUGAACUACCAGAUAGUCUUUGGGCAAUUCGAAAGAUUGCCGGAGAGGAAUCAUACGUACUUCUGGUACCCGAUACUACUUUAGCCAUUUCUCAGACGGACGACCCUGAGGCUAAUGUUCGCCUCAAAUACAUAGACGGCGAUACAUCACAGAAAUGGGAGCUGGUUGAUGUGUGA